AUGUCUGAAAACUUUAAUACUCAUGCAUCGUCGUCGACCUCGGGCAAAGCUUCAACCGGACGUCAUCCGGUGUACCGUGGAGUGAGGCGUAGAAGUAACGGAAAAUGGGUGUCUGAAAUUCGUGAACCUAAAAAACCUAACAGGAUUUGGUUAGGAACAUUUCCAACACCUGAGAUGGCAGCUAUUGCUUAUGAUGUAGCUGCUCUUGCUCUUAAGGGUAAAAAUGCAGAACUGAAUUUCCCUAACUCUUCUUCUUCUUUACCUGUUCCUGCUUCAUCCUCUGCGCACGAUAUUCAGACGGCUGCAGCCAGUGCUGCAGCCGCCAUAGGCGCAGCAGAGGAUGCUCUUGUGAAUAUUAAUGUGGGAAAUGAUAUGAACCAUGCAACAAUGGCGACUCCACAAGAUUUUUUUUCUGUUGGUGAGAAUGAGAAUAGUUAUAAUGUUAAUGAAUUUAUUGAUGAGGAUUUGAUCUUUGAUAUGCCUAAUGUUUUGGCUAAUAUGGCGGAAGGAAUGCUACUUAGUCCUCCUCGUUUCGACUUUCCGAGUAACGAUGAUACACCAGAGAGUUAUGUGUGUGAUGAUCAAAACCUUUGGAGUUAUCCUUAUUUUCCAUAA